AUGAACCAACCGGCUGACAUAAAAUACCAAUUUACGAAAACCAAAAUUUGCAGACACUUUCUAGAAAACAGAUGCAUGAAUAGAGACAACUGCAACUAUGCUCAUGUUCUGGAAGAAUUAAGACCUCUACCAAACUUAGAAAAUACCAAAUUGUGCAAAAGCGUUAAGAAAAAAAUCCCCUGCUGUAACCCUAACUGUAAAUAUGCCCACAGAAUUGAGAAGUUGCAACCCAGUACUGACCUGGCUACCUACAAAACUACUCUUUGUUAUUUCUGGAAAAAGAAAAAAUGUAUGAAUCAGGAUAAGUGCAGAUUUGCUCAUGGUAUUGAAGAAAUUAGACCUUUAAGAAUAUCAAAGGAAGAGAAAACUGAAAGCGCGUCUCUCCCGCUGUCCGAUGUUGAUUCCAGUUUAGGCACACAAAAUCACCAACAGAGGGGGAAACCAAGCGUCAAACGAACAGAAGAGGCGGACAUGUCGCCAGGCAAAAAAUGGGACAAGAAGUGGGAUCGAAGCGGGGGCAGCAUGUGGGCAAGAGAUGCAAGCAGGAGUGGGGGCAGGUGUCAAGGCAAGACAGGGAACGAAGAUGGCGGCCAGUGGUGGGAAACCCGUAGAGACAAACUGAGGGAAGACUAUAGAAUCAACCUAUUAGAACAGUCCAGUGUCAGUAGAUGGAGCAACGAACGAAACAGCAAUCGAACCACCGAGCGAACAGAGCCACCAAAUGACGAACGAACAAACCAGAGACACAACUUACUAUUCGAAGAAGAAAAGCUUCCCGAUAUCCUCUCCAGCAUACACCUAUUCGAGAACAGCCCAGUGAUGGAAAAUGGUUUAUUCCAGCUGAAUGAUAACUUUUUAAAUAUAUGUAACAGAGUGAACCUCGACAUCGACACACUUUACGUCCCACUAGGAAAGACUUAUUCUAUCGAACAGGAGCAGGAUUCGGAAGAGAACAACAGUUGGGAAGAUUCCAUUGUAGACAUGAAUUUUCUGAACCUGGAUUACCUCAACGGUGAGGAAGAAGUUGCAAAAUAUGAAUUAUUUCGGGGCAGUGGCCUUGACAUGAAUCUGCCGAACCUCCAAGCCCUACGUAUGCGAGUAAAUCAGGACGUACACAUGAAUAGAAGUUAUGACGAAAAUAUGUGGAAUAAAGAAGACGCGGUUAACAGAAACUAUGCCGUAAGAAGAGGGAGGCAUCCCGAAAUAAGCCAAAGUAGAAAUCAUAAUGUGUUUCUAGAUACAAGUUCAAACGCAUGGGAAAAUGUACGUACCAAAGGUCCGAGUGGGAAUAACCAACAAAAUAUGGAUAGAAAUCAAGGCAUAAUUCCAAACCAACCUAAUAUCUUCAAUGCGGAAUCGAUCGAAGACUUGUUUUCAUUUGGUGCUACUUCCUCCGAGCAACUGCUAAGCAACACUGAAUUUUUUGCCAAAUGGUGUAAAAGUAUAGAAAAUAGAAAUUCGGAACAUUUUAAUAAAUUAUGUUUAUUCUAG